AUGUCUAACCUCGACUGGGAUACCACCACCAAGAUUGGAAGCCGUGUUCGCGGUCCUGGUGCUUCGGACCGCGAGACCGUCAUCCGAGGAAAGAGUGCGCUGAACGCCGCCCAGCGAGCCGGUGCUGCCAUCGCCACAGAGAAGAAGUACUCCACUGCCAACUCGGUGGGUGGUACCGAGGGUCAGCGUCUCACAAAGGUCGACCGCUCCGACGACAUCAUCAAGCCCAAGACGGUCGGCAAGGAAGUCGGAAAGGCCAUUGAGCAGGGCCGCCAGAAGUUCGAGCCCACCAUGACCCAGGCCGAGCUGGGCAAGAAGAUUGGCGAGACCGCCGCCACCGUCGCCUCAUACGAGCGCGGUACUGCCGCGCCCGACCAGAACAUCCUCUCCAAGAUGGAGCGGGUGCUCAACGUCAAGCUGCGGGGUGCCAACAUUGGCGCCCCGCGCCUGGGCCCCAAGAAGAAAUAA